AUGUUCUAAUAAGUUGCAAACGUGAGAGCUAAAUUCCUCAGUAUAAUUUAGCAGAAAAGAAAAUUAAAGUAGGCACUGGAUUAAGAAGAUAGUCUAACUGUGAUGAAAGUCGGGAAAUAAAUUAGAAGAGGAAAGACUGCAUAAAAAAUUACAAAUAACUCAAGCAUAACACAGAGAAAUGAAGUCAAUACAGUUUAGUAGUCUCAGCAGUCACUCAAUGAGUUAGAAAUCAAGUGGCAAGAGUUACCUUGGAACACAGGUGAACAGAUCUUGAUUAUUAAUAGACAAGUCUAAAAUGCAGGAGCUUAAUAAAAACUUCACAAAUUUAAGAGAAAAAGAAUAAUUCGAAGAAGAUUUGAUUAAACUGUUUACAGAAUUAAGCUAAUUAACUAUAACCAAGGUACUCCUAACUAAUAAAAAAUUGUAAGAGGGAAAAAAAGACGAUAGCUUAAACAUCAUAGAAGCAGAAGCUAGGGUUUUAAUAAUACUUACAGCAAAAGUCCCUUAAAAUCUUCAAUCUUAAGCACUUCCGCCAAUAAAUCAACAACUAGUUUUAAGAGUCCUAUUUACAAUAAAAGCUAAAAUAGCAUUGACCACUAGAAGUCAUUUGUUAUGGUUGACUUUGAAGAUGAGCAGACUGAUAUCAAUGAACUUUUCAUGAAUUAUAAGAAAUCCUAAAAUUCUCCAACUUUGCCAUUAAAUGAGUAUGAUGAGAUAUAAAUUGGCACUUCAAGAGAUUUAAAUGAAAGCUAGUUGAAAAUGGAAAAUGAAAUGACUUAGCUUUUCAAUGUUAGACAAAACCUUUAGUGUAUUAAAAAUUGCACCUAUUAUUUUGGAAAGAAACAGUUCAGACUAAAUGGCUGUAGCCUAAUACCCAGUAUUCCUAAUAUAGAAUCUAAUAUUUAAAUAAGUUCAAUUGCUCUUAGAGAUAUCCAUUCUAGACUUGACAAAAGGCAGAGGUAAUUUUACAUGCAAGAACUUACCACAGGGUAUAAGUUUUCCUGCAACUAUAGUAAACUAUCGCUUUAUAAGAUCGAUAUCCUUGGCAAAUAUGAAAAUGCAUGCAUCGGGUAUCUAUCUGUAUUAAAAUCAUCUAUUUGGAUUACUAACAACUAAUUCAAAAGGAUAUUUUAACUCAAGCUAGUCCAUCAUACCUGGGUACUUUAAUACCCUUAAGGCUAAAAUUAAGGAAGCAAUGAAGAUCUGAUAAAUAUAUUUGAAUUGAGAUAUGCUCCUGAUCAUACAGUAAAGAUAAACUUCCCGAUAUUUAUUAACUGGAGAGAGAAAGUGCUCUUGACUUCAGCAGUCCUGAUAUGCCAGUGUAAAUGA